GAGGAAGGUUGUGCUGCUCUGGCUUCAGCUCUGAAGAAAAACCCCUCAUCACACCUGAGAGAGCUGAACCUGAGUAACAAUAAACCAGGAGACUCAGGAGUGGAGAAGCUCUCUGAUCUACUGGAGGAUCCACACUGUACACUGGAGAAACUACAGUUGUCUAACUGCAGUAUUACAGAGGAAGGUUGUGCUGCUCUGGCUUCAGCUCUGAAGAAAAACCCCUCAUCACACCUGAGAGAGCUGAACCUGAGUGACAAUAAACCAGGAGACUCAGGAGUGAAGAAGCUCUCUGAUCUACUGGAGCAUCCACACUGUAAAGAAGGUUGUGCUGCUCUGGCUUCAGCUCUGAAGAAAAACCCCUCAUCACACCUGAGAGAGCUGGACCUGAGUGACAAUAAACCAGGAGACUCAGGAGUGGAGAAGCUCUCUGAUCUACUGGAGGAUCCACACUGUAAACUGGAGCCACUAGUGUUGUCUCUCUGCCUUAUUACAGAGGAAGGUUGUGCUGCUCUGGCUUCAGCUCUGAAGAAAAACCCCUCACACCUGAGAGAGCUGAACCUGAGCUACAAUAAACCAGGAGACUCAGGAGUGAAGAAGCUCUCUGAUCUACUGGAGGAUCCACACUGUACACUGGAGACACUACAGUGA